CUUAAUGUUUCAGCUGGGUCCAUGAUUGUGGCAAAAUGGUGGAUUGGCAAAAGGCACUUCUAAUGGUGUUACUGGCGUUCCUGAUCUAUCCAAACGAUAUUUUUGGAGGCGCUUUUCAACCCGAAUUCUCCGGCCCUAUCACCAAUCUAACCGUGCCACUCGGGAGGGACGCCACUUUCACGUGUCUGGUGAAACAUCUAGGAGGUUACAGGGUCGGUUGGGUAAAGGCGGACACGAAGGCGAUCCAGGCGAUACACGACCACGUGAUCACGCACAACCAGAGGGUGUCCGUGUCCCAUAGCGACCACUCGAUAUGGAACCUGCACAUCAAGGGCGUCCAGAAAGAGGACGGCGGCCUUUAUAUGUGUCAAAUCAAUACGGAUCCCAUGAAGAGUCAGACAGGUCUGCUGUCUAUUGUCGUGCCGCCUGACUUCGACCCCGAAGCUACAUCGAGCGACAUGAUGGUGGGCGAGGGCGGUCAGGUGAAGUUAACGUGCCGGGCGAGAGGCGUACCGGAGCCGCGCGUAUCCUGGCGCCGGGAAGACGGCAAGAACAUUAUAAUUCGGGAGCCAUUUGCAGGAAGCGCCCCGAACCAGAAGUCUCACGUGUCUUCCGUGGCCGAAUUUUCCGGCGAGGAGCUGAAGCUGUCGAAGAUCUCGAGGAACGAGAUGGGGGUUUAUCUGUGCAUCGCCAGCAACGGGGUUCCACCCGCGGUCAGCAAACGUAUUUAUAUCAACGUUCAUUUUCCGCCAGUGAUUCACGUACCCAAUCAGCUGGUCGGCGCGCCCUUGGGGACCGACGUGAUCCUGGAAUGUUUCGUCGAGGCGUCCCCGAUGUCGAUUAAUUAUUGGGUCAAGGACCCCAAGGGUUCGAUGAUAAUAUCCAGCGUCAGGCACAACGUCCAGAUGACGACGAAGUCACCGUUCGAGGUCCGGAUGAGCCUCACGAUCCGGAAUUUGCAGAAAAACGACGUGGGAACGUACCGGUGCGCGGCCAAAAAUUCCCUCGGCGAGGUCGAGAGUAGUAUUCGAUUAUACGAGAUUUCGGGCCCGGCGAAGACGCAGACACCAACAUGGCCACCGUUCUACGACGAGGAGGACGAGGUCCAGUUCGGUUCGGCGGAGAUGGACAAGAUGGAGAACAAGCCACUACCGGUGGAUAACACGGUCCACGGACACGUGGGUUAUCCAUCGCUCGCCACGCCGUCCUCCACGACCCGCGUCGGCAAGAAACGACCGAUCAACGCCAGCUCGGGCGCUGAUCCUUAUCCGCGACGGCUCUUCGUCCUCGUGUCGCCGCUGUUGUGGCUUCUAAUCGUCUGCCGAAGAUGGUGAUGGUGAUGAGAAACCGGGAAAGGGCCGAGGACUUCUGAAGGACCUAAUCGAGGCAUCCAUUGUCAGUGCUCGCACGUUGCGAUUCUCGUAACGCGAUCUCUCGCAAUCAUUCACCUUUGAAGAAGAAGAGUUUUUAUGUACGAUCGACGCUCGAUGACCAUAAAAUUGAAGUUGUUUGUGCAGCCGCCGCGAAAGGACGAUAGAUAGAAUAGGGAAUUGAGGGAAUUCGGUGCUAAUCUCCAAACGUACUACGUUUUAAUUUUGACUGAUCAGUGCGAAGAAGCCGCUACGUCCAGUAGCCAGGCCGCGUAAGGUAUAAAAGCCCGCGAGCUUUAAUCUUCAUUGGCUAUUCAGCAGCUUGCUCGGCUCUGCGCGGCGAAAACAACUUCGAAUGGGCUUAAGUUGCCGCCGCCGCCGCCGCCGCCGACGACGACGACGACGUAUCGUCUUCCUUGAGUGGCUUAUUCGUAAUUCGUAGACCUAAUCAAUGCAUCGGAAACUCGCGGAAGGGAUGAACCAGAUAGGACUGAAGACGGGGAAUGUGCAUUGCCGAGCAUAUAUUGAUCGUGAUACUUGAAUCGAAGAAUCGAUCGGUGAGUGUCAGGUUAAUUAAAUUCAGGGACCGAAUUCGGUAUAAUUUAAUUCGAUGCUAUUCUCGAUGGUAUAGCAUUAAAAUGUCCUACAUUUUUCAUUCCCGGGCAAAGUUAAACUCGUGCAACGCGAUCCCACCUUAUAUCCCGCGCGAUAUCGCCGUUCUGUUUCGAUUUCAACGGUGAACCUGUGAGAACGAGAUCAAUCGAGCUGAAUAGGGACAUUUAUGUAAAAUAUUAACUUCUCUAUUUUGUUACGUGGAAGCGUACGUGUUAUCAAAUCAAAUUGCGGACUCUCGAGCGACUGAAUCGAAAGGUUCCGAAAGAGAGGGAACGACGGACGCGAGGUGUAAGAACGAGGCCAAUGAUAGGACGAUGAGGAGGCUGAAGUCGGACGGAGAGGCGAACGUCAACGGCAAGGAGAGGAACAUAUCUCGAAAUGAAGAUAAUCCUGGGUGUCAUUCGCGCGGAUCGAAGAGUCAGGUGCGUAACUCCUCAGUCUCGGCGGCAAUAAAUCUGCGUGAUAUGUACAUAUUUACGUGUAUCAUAUAACAGGCACGCUCGCACGUGUAAUAUGUGUGCAUACGUCAGGGUAAACUAACACAUUCGUGCCACUCUUCCCCAGCUCCCCCGCUGCGCUCCCUCAGUCGCGAGUGUGCGAGUGGCGCGGCGUUCCGUAGAUAGCCCUUACGAUUACGCCGUUGUGUAAUAGGAUAUGUAUCGCGAGUUUAAAACGAGUAUUGAAAGCUUUAAAGGAGUUCGAGCCGGAAGUAGCGAGGCCGUGUCUCGCGCCCGUCUCGGCGGACGCCCUCGAUCCCCCGAGGGAAUCGAUCGCGGACAAGCGGCCCCAAGUUGUUCGCCACACACGCCUCGAUCACGGACGUGCGAUCGUACCUGUCCUCCACCGCAAACUUUCUUUUCUUCUUCCUCCCCGCAAGGUUACCGCUCGCUUCGGCCAAGUUUUUACAGCGCUCCCGGUUAGCUCUCCAGCAGCGAAACGGUCUCUUCAGUCAACACGGAAUUAAGUGUGUCUUCGGUGGAACAUUUAGUGCUCUACUUUUUGAAUACGAUUCUCAAAACGUUCCCCGAUAGCAGAGUGGAGAGUCUCGCUUUCAAUGAUUGUUCACUCGAGAGUUUCGAGAACGAGCUCUCGAUAUUAGAACUUUCUUUCGGUUGAAAUAAAAUUGGAUGAUAUUCAUCGGGUAUUUAUUCGGCAACUUUAAUCGCGACUGUCAAUCGUGAAUUUAACGCAAACCUGAAAACGAUGCCGGAUAAAACUCCAACUUUUAAAAGUGGAAACUACAAAAAUAACCAAAGUCUAAAGGGCACGUUUCUUUCUUGAAGAAAAAGAUGCUAAAUCCGGCGAUUUUGAGGAAUAACACGAAAUAAUACAUUUUUGGAUAUUGUAUAAGUAAAUGAAAUCACAGUAUGAGUCGAGUACAGUUUUUGUCCUCUUACGUUCAUCGACUUAGCGGCGAAACAGUAAAUUCAGUUUUAUUUCCGUCGAAUGUAACAAGUGUAAUAUUACAUCGAAUUACAGCAAUGCUGCAACUGACUCUUUUACGACGAUAGAUUCUUUGUAAGCUUAUAGUUUCGAAAGAAAUUUAUAAUGUGGCAUUAAACUAAUUUUACUUGCAACCAACGUAAAAUAAAACCGCCGGUGGAAUAUAAAAAAAAAUUACAGACUAAUAUAAAAUUACCGGUUUUAAUGAAAGUUAAAAUAUGCGAGAGAGGUAUUUAAAGCGAUAAAGGAUGUUUCUGAAAAAUCUACAUGGUGUAUAAAUUGCAGGCUGUAGUGAGACUUGUAGGAGCAACUCAAUCAAAAUGUGAUAAGUCAAUAAAGAGUUUCACCGAUCGCGCGUCCUACGAUCAGGAAGUGAUGUCUGACCGCUUGUUUCCGGUGUGAGCCAAACAACUAAUAAGUGUUCGAUAGAUCAGCAACGAUCGUUUUCUGGCGCGAGUUGCUUCAAGUGAGUAGAAUUCGUGUGUGAAAGGAAAGAGGACACGGAGCGAGAGUGUGUGUCUAGAGAGAGAAUGAUACUAAUUAUAUUUUUAUAUUUCCCCCAUAGCGCGCUUACGUUCCGUACCGAUAGAUUUUCAAUUACUGUCAAAGCCUCCAGCCAUUCCAUCGUUGCUAUCGUGAUAUUCGGUUUUCGCAGUAAUUUCUCUAAUUAUACUUGACGUUGUAACAGCGAACGUCGUGACGUAAUGGCGUGUCCAAUCUGGCUGUUCCGAUUCCGCUUUCGGAUCUCCAUCCUGCUUUCAGACGAAAAUCCACAAAGUGGAUCUAUCACGACCGUGGAAAGAUAACAAAAUCGAUCGCAUCGAUUCCCACGCACCGCUCGCCGCGACAGUUUUGUAUUCACUUGCUAAAUAAAUCGGGCGUUCCCGUGGGUGCUUGGUUUUGAAGUUUUAUGGCAACCGAAAUUGCGUCUCGUUACGCUUCGCGGUUCGUUUUCGGUACUCGCCGUCACAGCUCUCUCGCAGGAGCGUCAUACGUGCCCAAUUUCCAUUAAAAUCCAUUCUCGCGUGUGUGUCUCGAUCGAUUUGUCCUUCACGAUCGGCUCGCCCACACGCCUCGUCGUUCUUAAAUACCGAUCUCGAACUUUUUUUUUUACGUUAAAUAUCAAAUAUCUUUCCCCGUUCUACCUAAUUUCGAGGUAAAACCUGCAAUAAAGUUUCUACUGCAAAUAGUUUAUAGUUUCAAAGUAAAAUUGAUAUUCGAAAAAAAAAGAGAGGGAAGUUUUACUGGCAAAAUGGUUAUAAAGUAUUUGCUAGCAUUGUUCUAAAAUGCAUGACAAAAUGCAUUGGACAUACAUUAAAUAUAGGAGAUACUCUCCAUGAUUUAAGAGACAGACUCGUUACUUUAUAUUACUUUAUACUCUCGAUAUUGCAGAUGCACGUUGCUCCACUGAAACGCCGCAUAUCUGAUAAAUUUUGUCGCUUGCAACGUUUUCCUGGGGAACUCUUCAAUUAACCAAUGGCCCAUUUCGCGUUCGAUAUAAUAUGCGACGUGCCACAUUCGUCACUGCAAUCUACGUCGAAAUGGUCAGUCGCAAAAAAAAAAAAAACCCCCCGGCCAGUUCGCGAAGCGUCCUCAAGCGUCCUCACGAGGGCCAAUGAAUGGUCGCUCUCUCGGUGACCGAAAAAAAAACCCUCGAGAAAAAAAAUCGCGACGCUUUUUCCCCCGACGGGCCAAAUCACGCUCGUUUGCGACACGCCGCCCGUAGCCUGCGAGGCCGCGGACGAGCGUGUUCCCUCUUAUUUCGUCGGAGGGAAUCCCCGUUUCAGGGCGAUUAUCGUCUCUUUCUCUCUCUCCCUCUCUCUAUCCGGCGACGCGGGGAAACGGCGGAGAGGUGGGCCGCCCUCUCUCUCGGUCACCGUGAGAAAUUAUAAGGGCGAAUCCGCCUUUAAGGACUGGCGGAAGAAGAUCUUAGUUCCUCCAUAAAUAAACACAACUGCCCGCGCAGCUGGCGCGGACGUAAUUCAUCGUGAAUUAAUUUAAGGGCCACUCCGCCGCCCUACCUCCCCCCCAUUGCCCUCCGUUGUCUCACGUUUUCAUUAGAAGCCGCGCCGAGGCCGCCAUUUGGCGGCUCUCGCCUUUAUGCUGAUUUUAUUUCCCUUCUUUCGCGAACUCCAGCGCCCGCGGAGUAAUUGUGCGGUAUUAUUAUCCGCCGCAGGGCUCGGGGCGGCACGAACGACCGCAUGACGUACGGUCCGUCGAGCCGGGCGAGGGCCAAAGUCAGGAGGAUUUGACGGUCCGCCAAAAGCCCUUGCCCGCCGUACGUCCUCGUUCUCACCGCCGUUCUCGUCGUCAACAUCCUCGCGGCGCCCGAAGAUGUCGAUGGUCCCUUCGUACGACUUCCAAACGAGCUUACCGGUCCGUUUCGACCACGUCGCGUAGUCGUCUCUGUAAAGUUACAGCCGUAGCUGCAGUCGCAACACCUCCUCGCGCCGGCCCUUCAAGCCAGUCUCUCCGGCUGCGACUGCUCGUAGAUUUCUCUGCCCCCCUCGGCCGCUCGCUUAAUCUCCGUCGGUUACGCUUAUUAAAGCCCCGAGAGGUACGACGUGUAAGCCCGUCGAGGCGAUAUACACGUGGGACGCAGAUAGUUACGUAUGCGAGCUGGUUGCACGACUGUUGGUUUAUCGCGCCCUCGCAGUCGGUGCUUCUCGCCGUUUUCGACAUACCAGGCGAAGGGUGCAGUUUCGGAAGUGCACACUUCAACACGUCGCAACGAUCAAUGUAAUUUCGCGACUCAUCGCAAAGGGAUAAAUGUCCUAUGUGCGAAACAUUUCCUCCAGUUUCGCCCCUAAUUCGUUAAAUAGCACUCAGAAGCGUGAUAACCGUGCGACAAGGGGUGUGCGAAAAUGAUUAACAUGAUAGAAAAUUACACACGGUGAUCGUUUCUGACCCCGAGACUGAUGGACGGACGAUUCGCGAGUCGAUGUUCGAUCGACCCUCAGUGUCUUCCUACGUGCAAUUGAAAUAUCGAUAAUGUUUUUUAAACGCCACUUCUUCGCCCGGGACGCUUCAACAUUGAUAUAUUUUGGCACUUUAACUGCCAGACGAUUUCGGAUUUUUCUACGACACGAUCGAACAGCUUCGAGAAGUUUGUUUUAUGAGUCUUAAGUGGGUCGAUUGAACUGGUAUAAAGUUUUAAGAGUUUUGGGGAAGGAGAAUUAGCCAACUUCCUUUUAUCUGCGUGAAUUAUCGCCCCUGUAGAUCGUCCCUUUCGGCAUUCACAUUGACAUUGUGUGAAAUAAUGCUAUGUUUUUAUCUCCCAGCGUUUCGCGAUGUUGUACGAAUAUUCGUAUACCUCGCGCGAUGCAAAUUUCAUUUAUUUUUCUUUACUUUACUUCAAUUAUGUGAUAUUGUCGUUUUAACGAUCCUUCCUUCGAAUAGAAUGUCGAUAUAGUAUACGAUUCCUGAACUUUCGUCCUCUUUUUGCUCCGGUAUACCCAUGCUUAUCUUUUUCAUGGCUCCUCUUUUAUUUACUUUAGUUUUCGCAACGUGGCUUGUUGCAGUCGUUAGUUUUUCUUUGCGCUUAUUGAGUCGUAAAUAACAUAUCUUCCUUAUCGAACGAAAACACCGUUGCAAAAAAAAACCGAGCCGAAUACCUGUUCUAGAAUUUUUCGCUCUUCGUGCAGUAGUUUUCACAAUCGAGUUUCGAAGCUGCGUUAACUUGCACAAACACGCACACAGAUACGUGCUCGCGUGCGCGCACGCAAGAAGUAAGUAAAUUUAAAGCAUUUUUAGUUCGUGUCAUUGACGUACUAUCUCACCCC